AUAUUUCCUCUUCCUAUAACAUCAUUUCUCAAGUCUACUGUUUUCUCUCUUCUGUUAUUUGAGCCAUUUCCUCUUCUUCCAAACCCCCAGAUCUCGGCAGUCUUUAGAAAAAUGAAAUCUGUGAACAGUUCUACACUAAGAUAUGAAUGUCUCCUCUUUGAUUUGGAUGAUACUCUUUAUCCAUUAAGCUCUGGUUUAUCAGAAGCAUGCACCAACAACAUCAUAGAAUUCAUGGUUGAGAAACUUGGGAUAGAUGAAGAUGGAGUAGUUGAACUAAACCAAAUUCUCUACAAGAAAUAUGGAACUUCAAUGGCUGGUCUUAAGGCUGUAGGUUAUGAAUUCGACAAUGAUGAGUACCACAAAUUUGUUCAUGGAAGAUUACCUUAUGAAAACCUUAAACCAGACCCGGUUCUGAGAAAUCUCCUCCUUCGCCUACCUUUACGAAAAUUGGUUUUCUCGAACGGAGAUGAAGUUCAUGUGACGAAGGCUCUAAAGAGACUCGGCAUCAAAGAUUGUUUUGAGAGAAUCAUAAGCUUCGAGUCCUUGAAUCCUAAGGUCAACGAGACUGAGGUUUCUCUCGAAGAUUACCUUCCAGAGAUUCCGGUUAUCUGUAAACCAGCAGAGAUUGCUUUCGAGAAAGCCUUCCACAUUGCACAACUCAAUCCUCAGACAACCUUGUUCUUUGACGACAGUAUCCGUAACAUCCAAACCGGAAAGGCCAUGGGUCUCCAUACAGUCCUGGUUGGUAAAUCGGAAAAAGUGGAAGGAAGUGAUCACGCCUUAAAAAGCAUUCACAACAUGAAAGAAGCCUUUCCGGAAUUAUGGUCGGAAUCCAACAACAAAGAAUCUGAAAGAAUUGGUUACGCCACACAAAUCUCGAUUGAAACUUAUGUUCAUGCUUAGUUUUACAUGUUUUGUGUAGUUUCUGAAGAAGUUUACAUCUAAUUAUAUAAACUAAUGUAUAAUAAAAUAAAAUAUCCAACAUAUACGCCGUUCAUUGUUGCGGCAACGGUUGGUAUAUAUGGUGUCUAGCUAUGUAUUUGUGUGUGUUUUUUUUGUCAAACUGUAUCAAACAUGGAAGCAAGUUUGGUUUUUUAUUUU